CUCCCCAUGGCCUUUCUCCUAUGCCCCGGGGCUUGGGCUGGUGAGAUCAUUGGAGGAAAAAAUGCCAAGCCCCACUCCAGACCCUACAUGGCCUACCUGCAAAUACAAGACGGACAGUAUAUAAAAAUAUGUGGAGGGUUCCUGGUGUCGGAGAACUUCGUGCUGACGGCCGCUCACUGCAAGGGAGACGAGAUCACUGUCAAGCUGGGAGCCCAUAACAUUAGUGAACAGGAACGGAGCCAACAAGAGAUCCCCGUGUGCCACCAGAUCCUCCACCCACAAUAUGACAAUGAGACCACUAACAAUGACAUCAUGCUGCUGCAGCUGGCAGAGACAGUGAAGCUGAAUAAAUGGGUGAAAACCAUCCCCCUGCCACGCACCAACAAGAGAGUGAAGCCAGGGACCAAAUGCAGCGUUGCCGGCUGGGGCCGCACCAGCAGACAGAGUAAAUCAGCCCCAGCCACCACACUCCAGGAGGCGAAUUUGAAGGUGCUGGAGGAUGACGUGUGUCUGAAAAAUCCUGAUGUGACCUACUAUGACUAUGAUGCUUCCACCAUGAUGUGUGUGGGCUAUCUGAAGAAGGGCAAAGCCUCUUUUAUGGGCGACUCUGGGGGCCCCCUGGUGUGUGGGAAAAGAGCCCAGGGCAUCGUUUCCUGGGGAUCCCAAAAGAGCGCCUCCCCUGGAGUGUACACCAGAGUCUCCACCUUCAUCCCCUGGAUAGAGGAGAUGAUGAGGACGCUGGAGCCCUGAGCAGAGCUGGGAAUCACUGCACGGGCCAGAGCUGCACCACUUCUGUCCUUUGGAGAGGCCCAGACGUAGGGCCUGCUUUGCAGAGGGGUGGAGCCCCCCUAAGCUGAUCCCUUCCCCCAGCCUUUGUUACCCUCAGGCAGCCCCCAACCCAUGAGCGUCAAGGUAGGGAGCCUAGGGGAGUUAGAAGCCAGGUUUGAGGCCAGCUCCCGUCAGCUUCCUUGGAAAUCCCAACCCUUAGACUACCUCUUUGCUGGGGAAACAGCUGGGUUAUUUCCUCCCAGGUAACAGACUCGAGUUGAACCCUGGACUCAGUGGUUGGUAGCUCUCCUCCGUGUCAGCAGGUCAAGUGACGGUUCAUGGGAGAUUCUUGUUGUUACCUCGACCUGUUAACUCCUGUUGAAACUGAAGCCUGACCUGUCCUCACUGGGCCUUUCCCAUGGGUUUGUUCCCAUGGGUUUGUUGUGCCUGGGAACAGACACACCUGUUCCCAGUGCCAGCAAUGACAGUGGGAAGGCAACACAGCGACGGCUACGUUGAACUGAUCGCAGAUCAAACAUCAGCGUUGAUCCUCCCCUUCCCACUUCCCCUGCCCUGCUGAGUGGCCUGCUGAAUUUCGCUCCCUGCUUCGU